AUGGGAUAUGAACACAUUCGAAUGGACAACAUUUUUGGUAUGUCUGGACAUGAGAUGCCUACCCCUUGUGAAUUGGUGUUAACUUAUGGGGAGUUGGACCAAAAAUGUGCCAAGGGAUUGGUCUUUCCAUAUGGGAAUGGGUUAUUACACACAUUGCCUUUACGAGAAAAUCACCUGAAGGUUAUGAUAGACGACAUCGAUAGUAGAUAUGAAAAUUUUCCUCUUCCUGUGAUGACGAAAGAAGUUGCUAACCUACAAGGGGCGGUUGGCACUGUAAUUCAAUGGCCCCGUAUUGCAAUUAUUCUUGCAAAGGAACAAAGAGCGAAGAAACAAAUUCCAACCACAAUUUUGGUGCCAACAAUUCCAGCAAGGCGAGGCCGAUUGAAUAUCUUCGUGAUUGCUUGA